AUGUGGAACAACAACAACCAAAACCAAGGCAGUUAUGGUACUCCUCCAGCUUUUCCCAGUCCCGGAGGAUUCCCCAAUGCGCAAGGCGGUUACAAUCCUGGCUACGCUCCCAAUUACGCGCCCCCUGGGCCCGGAGGCUACGCGCCCCCACCUGGACCUCCUCCAGUAGGGUUCCCCGGUGGACCCCCACCAUACCCCCCACCUCCAGGACCUCCUUCGGGCUAUGGCCCACCACCAGGGCCUCCCCCUCCUCCCGGGCAACGGGGGUUUUCUCCCCCAUCGGGCCCCCCGCCUGUUGCAAGGAGCAACUACCCUGGUCAGCAAUGGCACCAGCAGAACUCUGGCAAUGCAGGCGGCGGGUAUCCUGGUCGAUACGGUGGACCACCCCCACCGCCUCCUAGAUCUUACCCUCCGCCUGGAGGACCGCCUCCCAGGCCGCCAACGGAAACGCAAUACUACGGCCCGCAAUUCGAGGAUGCGCAUCAUCAUCGUGGACAGCCUAAUUUCCAGUACUCGCAAUGUAACGGAAAGAAGAAGGCGUUAUGCAUUGGGAUAAACUACUUCGGUCAAAGUGGCCAACUGGCGGGUUGCGUGAAUGACGUUAAGAAUAUCAAGAGGUUCCUCUGCACCCAGUUUGGCUAUCGCGAGGAUGAUAUCGUGACGCUCACGGAUGACGCGACUAACCCUAGACAAAUGCCAACUCAUGAUAACAUCAUCAACGCUAUGAGAUGGCUAGUGCGCGACGCGAAACCCAAUGACUCCCUCUUCUUCCACUAUUCCGGACAUGGUGGCCAGACGAAAGAUCUCGACGGUGACGAAGGCGAUGGCUAUGAUGAAGUUAUAUACCCUAUGGACUACGAAGCGAAUGGCCAUAUUGUUGAUGAUGAAAUGCACGCUAUCAUGGUCAGGCCCCUUCCUCCUGGUUGUCGUUUGACAGCAAUUUUCGAUUCUUGCCACUCUGGAUCUGCGCUCGAUCUUCCUUACAUCUACUCUACGGAGGGUAAGCUCAAAGAGCCCAACCUCGCUGCGGAGGCCGGUCAGGGCCUUCUCUCCGCAGUGACUUCAUACGCCAGGGGCGACAUGGGCGGCGUGUUCUCGUCGGCAAAGAGCCUCUUCCAAACGGCCACGGGCAACUCGACGAAGGCAGACAAGAUCUCCAAGGCCACAAGGACGAGCCCCGCGGAUGUCAUUUCGUGGAGUGGGUGCAAAGACUCACAGACGAGCGCGGAUACCCAGGAAGCCGGGCAGGCUACGGGGGCUAUGAGCUAUGCUUUCAUCGCUGCUCUCAGCCAGAACCCGCAGCAGAGCUAUCAGCAGCUCCUAAAUAACAUCAGAGACAUCCUUCGCGCCAAGUACAGUCAGAAGCCUCAGCUCUCGAGCUCUCAUCCCAUGGAAACUAACCUGCUGUUCAUAUGUUAA